GCGUCUUGAAGGCUUGAUUCUAAUUCUUGAAUUUCAUCUGUGCAUACCGACAACGCUGCAGCUGGUAACGAAUAAUCGCAAGGACAUACACAAAUUACCUGAUGUCACUAUGCCAUAUUGGCGCGGUGAUUGCUUUGAUGCAUACAGAAUGCAAUAAUCAGUGGACUAGGACACACACAUUCGCAUUUUGACCAGCCCGCUUGUGCUGCGCGCCUCUACCAUCUGCGUACGCUGCAAGUCCAUUGUCGUGGGCCUCAAGCAGCACAAUUGUCUGGUGGGGGGAGCUUGCGGGCGCCGCGGCCCGUUAACGGACGUGACCUAGCGGACGCACCCCCUCGCUAGCAACUGUCUCGGACGCCGCUGCGCACGGACGGAUGCGGCGAGCAUCCGAACCAGAGGUGUCGAGGCCUGGGAGGGUGAAAUUUGGAGAGAGUCGUGUCGUGGAGGCGCCUACGGGCGCCCGUCGUGACGCGGCUAAAGAGGAUGCCAACGUCCUGCUGAAAGAUUUCGAUAACCGGUUCCGCUCCAUCCAGGACUUGCUGCAGCGCUACCAAGCGGAGAAGACAGCGCAGGCACGCGGCAACGCCCUUCCAGCGGACGAGGGCGCACGGGGUGGCACGCAUGGCGCGGCAGCGGGUGGCGGCGGGGGUGGAGGCAGCGACCCAGAUGGCGGUCGGACGGCGGCGCUGGCUGCAGCAAACAGUCGGCGGAAAAUGGCGCUGCAGAGCCAGGGCCAGGGCCAGCGGGCGUCGUCCAGUGGCGCAGUUGGCGUGGCGGCGGGACCGGCAGCAACGAUGGACGAGGAGAGCAGGAUCCGGGCAGAAUUGCUGAAGCCUCGCCGUAUCAAGUCGGCAGCUCCAGGCGCGUCGCGAGCUUUGUCCGCCAAGAUUGAGUUCUACCGGGCGCAUCCCGAGUUGGCACAGCGCAAGGCGGACAAGGCCAAAACGGAGCAGCUGGAGGAGCAGCGCGCCGCCGCCGCGGCCGCGGCUGAAGCCAACAGCGGCGCGCCGCCACCCGUCAACUUCAUCGCUUCCAACCGCCGCAGCAUUAUGCCGCACUCGCUGCCCUACGGUCUUCAGAUGACUAUUGAAACGCUGCGCGACCACGGCAUCCGUAACCUGCACGUUCGCGACAACCCAGGGACAGCGCUCGCAGGGCCCACCUUCGGCAUUGGCGACCGCAUGCCGAUCAACGGCCCCGGCGCGAUCCGGCGUCCGGCGUCAGCUAUGCCGGCACUGGGCCGGAGCACGGGGCGAGUAGGCGCGGGGUCACGGGUAGGCCCAGCGGGGCCAGCGGCAGGUGGCGGUGGCAGUAGACCGGAUUCGGGCGUCCACGCGGCGUGGACGGCAGCGCAGCAGCAGCCUGCACCGGUGCAUUCACAUGAGCGGCCUGUGCCGGACCCCACCGUGGCGCACGAGGGCGGACACGUGCACGACAGCCACACCUCCACCCUGUUCCUCACAGCAGUGGACGUGCCGGGGCCGUUGCAUCCGCCCUCGAAUCCGAGCGGGCCAGGACGCGGUUCCACCUCCGGCACAGGCCACCCGCACUCGCCACCGCCCGCACCGCCCACUGCCACUGGUUCCGGCGCGCACCCCGGCCUCUCCCUCAAUCUUCCGCAGUCGCCGUACCGCCCGGGCUCCGGCAUGCCGCACAGCGCGUACGGCCCGUACAGCCCUUAUACGGCAAGUGGGGCCCACGCCAACGGCGGCGGGACACAGCCGGGCAGCCUGGGCGGGUAUUUCCAGGCGUGGGCGGCGGCGGGCUCACAUGGGGGGCCCCCGGAGGGAAGCGUGGUGGGCAGCAGCAUGGCGGGUUACGGAGUGGACAGCCGGCGGCUGCGGCUGGUGCUGUCCAGCCGGCCGGCCAGCGGCGGCUCACCCACGCGCAGGCGCGAAUUCAUUGCAGAGCACGCGACGAUACGGGCGGAGCGCGCCGCUCACGCCGCCGAGGUGCGGGAGCGGGCCUGGGCGCUGGAGGAGCACCGGCGGCGCACCAUCGCUAUGGCUGCGGAGGUGCGGGCGCAGCAGCGGAGGGAGGAGGAGGCGCGCCAGGCGGAGGCCAAGGCGGCGGCAGAGCUGCAGGAGAGGCAGCGGGGAUGGACGGCCAUUGUGGGCCUAUGCUCCAAACUGGCGUUUAUUGCGGAGCAGGUCCAGGAGGACCGGCGUGUGCGCAGCCUGCGCGCACUACGCAAGGAGGCGGCGGUCCGGAUAGCCACGUGGUACAAGGGCAUCCUGCUGCGGCGGCGGCAGCGCGAGCUGGUGGAGCUGGUGCAGCGGCUGCGGCGGCUGGUGAUGCCGUACGUGGCCACUCAGAAGGUGGCGCUGCGGCAGCGCUGCGCCAUGCGGCUGGUGGACUUCAUGCAGUACGCGGAGAGCAGCAACAUGGCGGUGGUGGGCGUGCGGCGGCUCAAGCACGGCGUGGAGCUGCUGCAGACCUCCUGGCGCAACGCGCUGCUGGUGCGCAACCUGCAGCGCGCGGCGCUGUACAACCAGCUCACCCGGGUGGAGCGGGAGAUCGUCACCGCCAACAAGCGCAACGAGCGCAACUUGCAGCUGCAUAUGAUGCGGCUAGGCAAGUCGGUCAACAUCAUGGACCCCGACUCGGCCCUCAUGCCCGCGGGCUACGGCUCCAUGCAUUCGCGCACCGGCGGUGGCCUCGCUGGGGCCUCAGCAGCGCAGAGCAUGCGCAGCAUGAUGCUAGCCAGCGAUUCUAUGCGUUCGGGGGCGGCCGGCGCGGCUGGCUUCGGCGGCGGCUGGGGCGACUGGCAGAGCAACGCCGGCGCCAGCCAGAAGAGCAUGGCGGUGGGGGGGAUGCCCGGCUCGCCCAGCGGGCUGGAGCGAGGCGGCAGCAGGUCGUACGACAGGUCGCGGCUGCCCGGCCGCGGCGCGCUACACGAACCCGGCGAUGAGGAGGACGAGGCUCUGUCGCGGCACGCGGAAAUGGUGGGUCGCGAGGCGCGCGAGGCGGUGGCGGAGCGCUUCCUGCUGGCGGCGCGCAAGGAGCACCGCAAGCUGCUGGAGAAGUACAGCGCGGACAAGGCGGUGUACCUGGCCCGGCGUCCCAUCGAGGAGAUGCGACAGAAGAUGCUGCGAGACGCAGGCCUGCACGUGGAGCCGGAGGUGCGGCCGCCGGUGAUGCCGCGCAUGCGCCUGGUGUACCCGCGCGCCAUCCUGAGGGACCUGCUGAAGGAGGCUAUUCAGGUGCACGCGGAGCGCAUGGCGCGACUGGCGGAGGAGGAGGAGGCGCAGCGGCUGGCGGACGAGGCAGAGGCGGCGGAGGCGGCGCAGUUCGGGCACGGCGGCGGCGGACACCACGGCGGCGGCGGCGUGACGUGGGGUGACAAUGCGUACCAAGGUGGGCGCGGGCGCAACCUGGCGGGAAUCCACGGGUCCGUCACGCGCGGUGGACUGAGCCGCCGCUCGCCCUCAAGGAAGAUGGUGUCGCAUAAAUCGGUCAGGCAUGGGUGAACGCACUUGGACGCAACGUGCAUGAACAGUCUUAGAUGGCGAUGUAAUGAGACAUGGUAGGUGCGUAUUGGUGGCGUUGUGAAUUGGGUCCUAGCAGAAUGCCCGAGGCGAGUCAUCCGUGUACAAUGUGGGUUUCUGUAAAUGGUAAAGCAAGUAAGAACUGAAUGGCGCACUAAGCUAUUGUUUACCAUCUUGGCCUGACCAUUCCCGAAAAGUGGGGUGUGAGUAGUGCUGCUCUGACGCACGCUUGCAAUGCGAUUGGGCGCGUGUGUGGGCAUAGGGCGACGCAGUCCGUCCGGCAAUGUCCGGUGACAAGGGAUGACAGGGCAUUGUCCGCGCUAGCCUCCUAUCUACACUGCUGCGCUGGUGUUGGACGGCGCAUGGGGCCCUGUUGAUACGGUUAGCUACCAUGAGCUGAUGGCCCGAUGCUCUUAUCCGGUGCUUGGCAAGUGGAUCUGCAUCUCUAUACCGUAUCAUGGCUUCCAAGGCAGCGGUAUGAAUCUAUCCUGUGUCAAGGACAACUCGGACAGUUGGACUCGUGACCUCCGCCCCCCGCCAGUAAGUCCUCCCUCCGCAUGGCAGGAGCUAACCACUGAGCCUGAGCACUG